GAGAAAAAGAAAAAUAAAAAGAUCUAUUUAAAAAAUAAUAAUAAAAAUAAAAAAAAUAAAAAAAUAAAAAAAAAGGAAAAUCUCUUUGUAUCACAAUGGCGAUAAUUUUCAAAAUUUUAUUACUUCUGUCCCUGUUGUUUGUUUCUGGUUAUGCUCAUAAAGACGCUAAGGGUGAUGCUAAGGGUGAGGCUAAGGAUGAUGCUAAGGGUGAUGAUGCUGCGGUUGAAGCUAAGCUUGAUGCUGAGCUUGAUGCUGAGGAAAAUGCUAAGGGGGAUGAUGCUGCUGAGAAAUCUAAUGAUGCUAAGGUUGAGGCUAAGGGUGAUGCUAAGGGUGAUGCUAAGGGUGAGGCUAAGGGUGAGGCUAAGGGUGAUGCUAAGGGUGAUGCUAAGGAUGUGCCUAAGGAUGAUGCUAAGGGUGAUGAUGCUGCGGUUGAAGCUAAGCUUGAUGCUGAGCUUGAUGCUGAGGAAAAUGCUAAGGGGGAUGAUGCUGAUGAGAAAUCUAAUGAUGCUAAGGGUGAGGCUAAGGGUGAGGCUAAGGAUAAGGCUAAGGGUGAUGGUAAGGGUGAUGCUAAGGGUGAGGCUAAGGGUGAGGCUAAGGGUGAUGCUGAGGAUGAUGCUAAGGGUGAGGCUAAGGGUGAAGCUAAGGGUGAGGCUAAGGAUGAUGCUAAGGGGGAUGAUGCUGCGGUUGAAGCUAAGCUUGAUGCUGAGCUUGAUGCUGGGGAAAAUGCUAAGGGGGAUGAUGCUGAGACUGAUAAUGUUGAUGCUAAGAAAUCUAAGGAUGAGGCUGUUGCGGUUGAGAAAUCUAGAAAAGAGUUGAAGGAGUAGUUAAACUUCAAUAUUAUAAAUUGAAGUUUAAAUGAGUCCAAAUAAAAACAGGUGCAAUUAGGUCUUUCUUGUUAAGAAAAAAUAGGUAUCAACUAAUACAUUCGUCCUUUUAUGAAAAACUUCCAUUAUUUGUUACAUAAUAAAGGACAGAGGAGCUUGUUCAUGAAAAACUUCCUCAGUUCAUUGUUUUGUUUUCGAGGACUUGUUUCAUAGUCAAUAAUAGUUUUCAGUUUCUUCUCAAAAAAAAAGAACAGAGUAAAUAUUUUGAAUAAUUUA